AACCUGGAAGUGAAUGAGGGACAAACGUGGAUGAAUGUGUCUGUUUUUCUCACAGGUUUCUCACAAUGAAGAUAAAUGAAAACACUUUACUGGAGGGACAGAGGGUCGUGCUAGUGCCGUACAACGCAGAACAUGUUCCCAGGUAUCAUGAGUGGAUGAAGUCUGCAGAGCUGCAGCAGCUGACCGCCUCCGAGCCGCUGACCCUGGAACAGGAGUAUGACAUGCAGAAGAGCUGGAGAGAAGAUGAUGACAAAUGCACAUUUAUCAUUUUGGAUAAGCAGCAGUGGGCAAACCCUGAGGUAGGAGAAGAGCAAUGCAUGGUGGGAGACGUCAACAUCUUCCUGACCGACCCCACAGAUCUGUCCUUAGCUGAGCUGGAGGUCAUGAUCGCAGAGCCAAGCUUCAGGGGUAAAGGCAUCGGGAAGGAGGUGACACUUAUGAUGAUGCACUACGGAGUCAGCAAACUUGGCGUCCAAAAGUUUGAAGUGAAAAUUGGGCUGGAUAACCAAAUCAGUAUUGCGAUGUUCAAGAAGCUCCAGUUUCAGGAGGUUUCGGUGUGUAAGGUUUUUAAAGAGAUGACGCUACAGUUGCCAGUGGUUGAGUCAGUUCGGACGACGUUGCUGCACCAAACUUCUCAUAUGAAGGAGUGGGACUAUAAACAGAGCUGCAGCAACAGACAGGAAAUGACAUCACAUUGAAGCCUCAAAUGGACUCGCAUGAACCUCAGACUGAGAGGAAAAUUGAGUUACAGUUGCACAGAACCAUCACUGCAUCUUCCUGCUGCAUACAGGUGUCAGAAAGUAUCAGGUAAAGCUUGUUGACAGCUGAAAAAUUCUAAAUUCUGUAUGUAGGAUGGCUGAAUAUCUUCAUUUGACAACUUUUUCAGCUCAGAUUUUAGGAGUGCAGCAUCCAACAGCUUCUGAAACUGUCACUGAAAGCCUCUUCCAUAAAUUUGCGACAGUUUGACUAUCAGUAGAUUUCCAUAGUUUUAACUAAAGUCAGCUGGUAAGUGUUCAGUGAAAGAGUUGAAUGGGUUAAAAAGGAAUUGGACAGCACUUUGUGAUCUGUGUUACCUUUACAAUGCAAACACAUGGGAGAUGAUAUGAACUUUAACAUAAUCUCCUCAAGGGAAUUCAGUUGAUGUAUAGUGCUGGCCAAAAUUAUUAGAACAAGUGGUAUAUUUAAGAAGUUUCAUCUUUUUUUGUUUUUAAUUGCCCAUUAAAAUACCCAUAAAAUGAAUGAAAUCUCUUCAAAGUCAUCAUUAUGCUCUACAAACCAUAGAAUAGAGCCAUCAUAAGGAGAUUUAGGUAAUUUUCUUUACAAAAACAAGCUUUAUUUUACUUUCGGCAUCACACAAUCAUGUUCCUUCACAGAAGAAGCCAAAUUCCUUGUGUAUUUGUUGUCAGGUGUGAUAGUGGGUUAAACUGAUUGUGAUGCUAAAGUCUGUGAUUAUAAUAUUAAAGUUUGAAGUGGAU